AUGAAAGUGUUAAGUAUUUGUCGUGGAAAAGCCAAACUUGGUUGGCUUGGGUACAAUGCUGCAAUUAACAGGCUUCUGGUCCGUGGUCCAAUCAAAACGCAGAGUUUGGGAUUAGUGAAUGCUGGUAACCCGCGAAUUAUAGAUUAUCGGGGAUUUAUGUGGCGCAUGGAUCGUGACCCUUAUAUCCAGAUAGUACUAUCUUCCACUGAAUGUGC